AGCUGUCAGCUGCAGCGGAGAGGUCUUGGGGACGGUAUUGUGUGUGUCAGUAUGUCAGUGUGUCAUUGUCUCAGUCGCCUUGCCAUCUAAAACCUCGCACAAACUGCUGCUUUACCCAUGAAAUACAGAGAUGAAGGACAAACGGAAGAAAAAGGAUCGCACCUGGGCAGAGGCUGCCCGCUUGGCACUAGAGAAACAUCCCAAUACUCCAAUGACUGCAAAGCAGAUCUUAGAAGUCAUACAGAAAGAAGGACUAAAAGAAACCAGUGGAACCUCUCCUUUGGCUUGCCUGAAUGCCAUGCUUCAUACUAACACACGCGUUGGUGAUGGAACUUUCUUUAAAAUCCCUGGAAAAUCUGGACUUUAUUCCCUGAAAAAGGAAGAAUCACCAAGCCUUGCCGAUGGGGCAACUGAGUCUGUGUGUGAAACUGACAUAGAAGGUACUGAAAUGACGGAGAGCAACAACAGCACUAGUGAUGAAAAUGGUGUUUGUCCUAUAAAGCCACCUGAAGAACUGUCUUCCGAACACGACACUAACCCCAAUACAGCAGCUGUGCAGAACAAGUCAGUGUCUUCCACUCAGCAACAUACCAAAAAGGCUCUUAAACAGGCUUUACGGCAACAACACAAAAGAAGAAACGGCGUGUCGAUGAUGGUGAACAAGGCUGUGCCUCGAGUUGUAUUAACGCCUCUAAAGGUCUCUGAUGAGCAGCCGGAUUCUCCAUCAGGAUUAGAAUCUAAAAAUGGUGGAAUUGGUGUUGGAGACAAAUCUGAAAAGGAGUUCAAGCAAGGCCAGAGAUCACCGACUGGCAAACAAGUUAGCCAGCACCUAAAGAAACUGAAGAAGUCUGGUUUGGGGCACUUAAAAUGGACCAAGGCUGAAGAUAUUGACAUUGAGACUCCAGGAUCUAUAUUGGUGAAUACCAACCUGCGGGCUUUGAUCAACAAACAUACAUUUGCAUCCUUACCUCAGCAUUUUCAACAAUACCUCCUCCUUUUGCUGCCAGAGGUGGACAGGCAGAUGGGAAGUGAUGGAGUUCUGCGUCUCAGUAACUCUGGACUAAAUAAUGAAUUCUUUGCAUAUGCUGCUCAAGGUUGGAAACAGAGGUUAGCAGAAGGGGAGUUUACACCAGAAAUGCAGCUCCGAAUAAGGCAGGAAAUUGAAAAAGAAAAGAAGAUAGAACCAUGGAAGGAAAAAGUCUACGAAACAUAUUAUGGAGAAAAAUCGGGUAUGACAGAAGAGGAAUCAAUGAUACUUACCUCAGUGCAGGAGUGUACUGAAGAUGGUCCAAGUUCAGCUGUAGACUCUUCAUGCUUGCCAGGAACAUCCAGCCAGUCUCCUGCAGAAAAGGUGGUGCUGGAGAACACUGAGACAUUGCUUGAAUUUGAAGAAAGUGUGGACCAAGCAGUGUGUAAUAUGGAACUAGCUUCAAAAGUAGUGACCGAACAACCAACAGAAGAUAUACUGUUGUCAGGUUUUCCUGACAUUUCUGCAGAGGAGUCUGUAGUGCAAGAGGAGAUAGCUGUGGAAGUAGACUCAAAUACAUGUGAAUAUCUUGAGGAACAAGAUGAACAGGAAAAUGGUCCAGCUGAAUAUGUCAGCAGCUGCACCCCUAGGAGCGAAACAGAAGAAACACCAACGCUGCAGUCAGACAACUCAGCUGUCCUAACUGAGUGUGCUGUUGAGUCCUCAACUCAAUCCACAGAGGAAAUAAAUCAUAAAGCAACAGGUAGUGAAGCGGAACUAUUUACAGCCACUCCACCGUUGGCUAUGGCUACAGCUACAAUGGACCAAACUCCGUCCCCUCUAUUAGAUUCAGAAAAUGAUGGCAGUCAAAUGCAGCCUCAGACUGCUGAACAGCAACAUGCCCUAAAUGAGCUGCGGACCUCAAAGGAGCUUGAAACCACAGAGGGGCCUGAAACCACGGAGGGGACUGAAGCCACGGUGGGGCUUGAAACCACUGAGGGGCCUGAAACCACUAAGGAACUUCAAACCAAGCAAGAGCUUCAAACCAUGGAGGAGCUGCCAACCCCAGAGGAGCAGCAGACCACUGAAGAGCAGCAGAUCACUGAAGAGCAGCAGAUCACUGAGAAGCUGAAGCCCACAAUCAAUCUUCAGUCUGCAAAUGAGCCAAAAGUCCAUGUAGAGAUGGAAGAUCCAUCCAGUGAUUCUGAAAAAGAUCACACUGAUUUGCCUCUGAAAAGCACCAACCAGCCCAGCUCUGCGGAGCAGUCCAUCUCUACACUAGCACCUUCCCCAGAGCAAUCGGAAAUCAAAUUCCAGGCAGGCCCACAGCCAGAAGAAAAUAUACAGCAGAUUCAGGAAGAAGCCCCUUCUGAAAUACCACCUGAGGAACUGCAGAUCACAACUCCAGAGCUUAGGCCGUCUAUUCCAGAGAAAGAAGACACUCUACUUUCUCCAACCAAACAAACAUCAGCAUCAUCAGAAACCCCUCCUUCAUGUAAAAACAUGAAAAUCCAGUCCCCUGAACAUCAGUCAUCUCUACCCAGGUUGCCCAGUGUGAGUGAAAGUCUGGUUCAAGAGAAAGAAGCUGUGUAUGAGAAGUCACAUGUAUCAGUAUCCCCAGAACCAACUGUUGUCAUAGAGGUACCUGAAAUUGGAAAUCCUGAGGCUGAACUGACAGCAUCUUCACAUGUUGCUGCUAAACCUUCUGCCUCUCCCAGUGCUGGGAAACCUUCUGUAUACUGUGGGCGCUAUAGCAAGAAGCUUGAACUCCCAGAGUCUAAACAACAGCACACUGCUGAGAAACAUGAUGUGAAUGUGGCUCCAUUCACGGAAGCCCCUGGUAGUUCUAUCCUGGAUCUUGAAGACAGCAAACCAGCUCAGCUCCAACGAGAAAUAACUGCAGAAGCUUCACCAUUGGAAGCAUUGCCUUUACCAGAGAUACCCAAAACAGAAAACCUUCAGCUUCAGCAACAUAUAAAAGUACUAAAAGAACCCAAGCAGCAGAAUAAUAAUGCCUUUGUGUCAGGCAAAGCAUUGCCUGAUACAUCUAAUAAUACCAAAGGUCUUAAGCAGGUCAAACAUCACCAUUCUCAAGAGAAGUCCUCCUCAUUAUUAUUAUCAGAAACUACUUCAAAAAACAAACACCAUAGGUCUCAUCAAACAAACCACCAGCACAGGCUGGAAGAACCACAUUCUGCAAAAGAAGUAGAGUCCAACAAGUCUCCAGAGAUGCAGAGGACUGACUGUAGGGAUGCAGAGAUCUCCAAACGGAAGACAGGAGAGCAGCACACAGGCAUAUGUAAAGAAAAGAGGGCCAGAAUCGAAGAGAAAGAGCCCCAUAGUACGGCACAGUCUAGCAUCACGCCACCUGAAAAAGAAGUGCCUCCAAAAGAGGAGCUAAGGGUUCCACCACUCAAGAUCCAACUCUCCAAAGUUGGUCUGCCUUUUAUCAUCAAGACACAACCAGCUUCCAAGCAUGAACCCAAGGUUUCAUCCACCUCUGGUCCAAGUACAGGAAGGAACACAGGAGCCCGCACUCUGGCAGACAUCAAGGCCAGAGCUCAGCAAGCCAGGGCUCAGAGGGAGGCUGCAGCUGCCGCAGCUGUGGCAGCAGCUGCCCGGAUAACAUCUGGAGAUGGUGGAGCCCCUUCUGAAGGGAGUAAGACCAGGACACUUGCACAUAUCAAAGAGCAAACCAAGGCAAAACUGUUUGCCAAACAUCAAGCCAGAGGUCAUUCACACCAGGCUGUUAAAGGAGCUAAGCUGCAUAGUUCAAAGGAGGAUAAGUGUUCCUCUGAUUCACAGGCUGCUGUGCAAUCCAAGAGUGAUGGUCCAACUGGUGUUAUUAUUGCUAAUCCCAAUCGUAGGUCACCUGAGAAAGGCUUUGCACUGAAUUUAGAGUCUUGUCCUACCUCCAAGGCUUCAGAAAACAUAAUUGUAAAGUCUGUUGGCAACAUGUCUGUUCCAAAUGCUGCUUCACAUAGUAUCCCAGUACCACAGUCCUCCUUCAACUUGCCCCAGACUGGAAGGACUAACACUGUGCCAAGUGUAGAGAAUAACCAUGCCAAUCCAAAUUCAGUUUUCAAUUUACCAGUGCCAGUCUCUAUCCACGGUUUUUCUAUUCCUCCUGACAACCCCUCUGUUCUAAUGGCUGUCGGUAGACCCAACCACCAGAAUUCUUUGUUCCAAGUAUCUCCGUCCAAACCCGGUGCCAAAGCCACUGUUUCCGGCUCAACCCAUAGAGCCAUUGUGCCAAAGUAUAAUGAUGACAGUGCUGCACCAGUCUCGGCAGAAGUGCCACCAAUGCCAUGUCCAUUGAACAAUGCAUCUCCAAAUUACCCCAUUAAUGGAGGGUUAAGGUAUCCGGGUCAGACAGCCCCCCAAGUGUCUUGUGUUAGUACUGCACUGCCUACAUCCAAAGGCAGUACAUUCCAAGACAACACAGUAUCUGAGAGAAACUGCCCUCCCAGAAGCAGCACUCCAUUUUUAUUUGAAAGACCAAGCGUGCCAUUUUCGUCUGACUUUCAUGCAUUAAGCAGCGCUGACAGAAAGGAGAUGCAUCACUACAGGCAUAAAGCCAUCAAAUCAAACUAUACUACAGACAGAGGACAUGUCAACCAGUGUCCAGUUACGAACAGCCCAAUGCCAACAACUCAGAAUGUAGUGACUGAAACAGGAACAUCAGGGAAGUGUAGACAGUUGUCACUGACAGACUCUGCCAGUAACAAAGCUAUUCCAUGUAAGGUUAUAGUGGAUCACAGCUCUGGUUCAUAUUCAAGCACUCCAGCUACAAACUUGGCUGACGCUCGACAAAACCUACCAAAUAAAGGGGUGAAAACGGAAACCGUUCUGCGACUGCAGGAGUCAAUAAUGAGCAGGUCUGAACCUUUCCGCCAAAAAACAGAACAGAAUGCAAUUUUUAAUGAUGACUCCAGAACGAACAAUAUGAAGCUGCAGGUGACUCAUAAUGCUCAGCAUGGUUUGCCUGUACCUCGGCAGAACAGACAAAAGGGGGUUAGACUUUCUGAGCAGAGUGCUGCCAAUCUUAUAUACAGCUCCUUGUUGUACAAACAUGCUGAAAAAGUGGUAAUCAGUGAGCAAAUCAGUGAACCUAAAAGCUGGCUGAAAGAGAAAGAUGACUGCAUGGACACAAUGAUAAUAUAUCAACAUGUAACUGAUGUCAAAGAGAAAAAAGGCAACAUAAUUUCAAGUACUGGAGGAAUGAUCAGCUCUCCAAAUUGCUCUAAUUUUUCAGAAACCAGGGUCAUCAAAUCUGAACCCAGUGAUAUGGACACUGAGGACUUGAAAGAAGCAGUGAAUUUGCAUCAUGCCACUCAUUUACUAGACGAGAGGCCAGUCAAGACAUCUGCAGCUGUCACUGAUAUAGCUGAAGACUGUGUGCCAUUGAUCACAGAAAAUCAUAGAAGAGGUCACCUUGCUGUAAGCUCUAGCUGUCGUCUGUCAUCAGUGGAGGCCAAUAACCCUCUAGUGACUCAGCUACUGCAGGGGAAUCUGCCUUUGGAGAAAGUGCUACCCCAGACCCGGUCAGGGGCCAGACUGGAGAUAAACAGACUGCCUCUGCCUUUGCAAAAUACCUCAGUAUACAAAACAGCUGCAGUUGAGAGAAAUGUCACGGAAAAUGUUCAGAGCUGUCUCAGCCCAGAUGGCAAAGGACUUGCUCCAGGAAUAAGGGGGCUUGCCCACAUCAGAAAACAUGAUAUCCAUCCCAACAAAAGGGUGGCUGGGGAACUUGCUCACAUUAAAUGUGAGCAGGGCAAGCAAAUGACUGAGGCAGAGAGUAAAAGUGCUUCCUGCGCACUCAGUACUCAUUUAAAUCAAUUGGGCCCAAGGCAGCCGUUUGUACAGGAGCAGAUGAAAAAAAGUCUGGUGCAUGGCACAAUUACUCCCAGCCCAGAAAUCAAACAGCAGAAGCCACUCCCCGGAUGUAGCUUUCAGAAAGAUUCAUUGGGCAUUGAUAAAAAUGGCAGCUUUCCUUCUGAAGCCAGUGACUCUCAAAGGCUUUUUUAUCCUCUCCAGGCUGACAUCAGAGACACCAACCCUCCAAUAGCAUUGCUGCAAGCUAACAUGAAAGCCACAUCUGGCUGCCCCACUCCAAACACAUUAGCAUUCAACAGGAAUCAGGAACAAAAAUGUCUAGGAGGGGUCAAUAUUUCUGAGGCAACAGAUCAGUUGAGAAAAGGAAGUGUUUUUUCACCCAAUCUUCAAAUUAAGCAGGCUGAUGCCAUUCACAGUGUCUCGCAGGAUGCCCAGAACACAUCUUUAGUGCAUCCAGCUAAUGGAGAAGUCCUGUCUGAUCAAAAGCAAACAGACGUUGCCAUGGAGAGCAAGAGAUUUAGUUGGCUUCCUUCAGCAAACAUCUGUAGCAAUAUAAAAGUGGAGCCGGUUUCUUUUAACGAGAGGUUAGGAAACAACUGUGAAAUGGGUAUUAAGCAGACGUCCUAUCAGCAGAAAGAAGCAAAGGAACACAUGCAGGGUUUUCAGCUCAAAAGCCAAGAGUUUCCUUCCUACAUGGCCCCAGCGCCACAUAAGUCUUUUGCGCAGUUAAAAACUCCACAAGCACCUCAGUCCCAGCAGGUGUAUGGAAAGUACUCCACAAUACAUUUUGGUAACACUAAUUUCAACAGAACUGCCUCUGUUAUUGAGAAAUCUAUUGGAAACUUUCUGGGCAACAAUGCAAGCAGCAGCAGUGGCUUGUCGAAUCAGAGUGCCUCUGUUUCGGGUCAGAUAUUUGCUGAUGGCAGCAGUGCUGAUGAACUAGAGCUGAAAUGCUCAUGCAGGCUGAAAGCCAUGAUUGUGUGCAAAGGCUGUGGAGCCUUCUGCCAUGACGACUGCAUAGGCCCAUCAAAACUGUGCGUUGCUUGUUUAGUAGUGCGGUAGACAGUUAUUUAAAAAGCAAAUGUAUGACACUAUUUAUAUUGACAACACUUUGAGAACUACAGUUGCAUUCCUGCACCAUUUAAAAUAUAAGAAAAAAAGAUUACAUUUUUAAUGUAUUUGUUUUAAAACCUAUUUGUGUCAACUUCACUGCAACACUGUAAUAUAAUGUUUACAUGAAAACAGAGGAAUGUGAAUUUUAAGCUAUUCUAUAAACAAGGUUCAUGAUUUGUAAGUAUAGCACUGUUUUAAAACUUCUGGGGAUAGGCAUGAGAAGCCAUUAAAAAUAUGCACUACCAUAACUCACUUAGAAUUAGGCGAGGCCAAAAAUACAAAUACAUGCCAGAAAUCGAAAUACUGUAAGGAAGUUCAUAACAUUUUGUUAUUAUGAUCUGUUCCACACACUCCUCCCCCCAAAUCUAUAAUUAGUCUAACAUCUGAUUAACACAAUUAGACUGUUUUAAGAAAAGGUUGCAUGGCAAGUAGGUUUCUUAACAGAAAUACAUUUCUGAAAUACACACAAAACUUUGUGAAAAGGCCUUGAAGGUGAGUUAAUAUGUAAUUAUUUAAUGUGAAAACAUUGGGAUUAGGGAUUGUUCCUUUCACAGUGCAGCUGCAGUAAUAAAAUAACAGUAAUUAGACGAUACCCAAGGAUAAACCAAGGAUUCCCUGCAGAACUAUGGAAAACACUUUACACUAAUAAGUGUUUAUAAAUGAUUUAUUUAUUAAAUGUAUGAUUACAUGAUUUUACAAUUGCGUAUGUGACUGUCACAGUUACAUAUUGUAGACUUUGUACAAUAUUGAUUAACUUCAUUGUUGAACAAUUAAGGAUAUGUCGGUGUACAGCAUGCUUAAACCCAUGUCCAGUUAUGUUUUGGAGAAUAGAAUGUUGGGGCUGUGUUGUGCCAAGUGUUAUCUAACAUAUCCUUAAUCUAUAUCACUAUUUGGCAUAAAACAUCCAUCUGAAAGAAAAGUACUUCAGUUUAAGUGGCCAUUAGCAAAGCAAAAUAAUAUUUUCUUAUCACAGAUUUAUUGAGCUCCUUUAUUCAAGUAGUGAUCAAGAUACCGGUAAGGUAUACGUAAUAGACAGUGCGUCUGUAAUAUACAUAUAACCAUGCUGUAUUAAAAAUUGCUGAAUUCAUUUUUACCAGUUACCAAUGCUCUUAAAUACUGGGUCAAUUACAUCAUUUUAUAGUGUUAUUACAAUUUUUGUUGUAUAACAGAAAGUUACUGCUCAGUGUUUUAAACUAUGUUUAAUUUGUCAGUGUUUUAAACUAUGUUUAAUUUGUCAGUAUUUUAAAUGUUUACAUACAUCUCAAAUUUGCCAUUGUAUGCCUUUUUCAGAGAAGCGCUCUUAAAUUACAGCUGACAUCAGAUGUAUUAGUUUUAUUGGUGUGAAAUUAAUCUAUGCUUAACAAUAUGUAAGGAAUGUGGAUUUUAGUAGAGAAACAUUUAAAACAACAACCAGUCACUAGUAUACCUAGACAAAGCCUUCUUCAUAUUCUACCAAAGAAGAAAAGCUCCAUCAAGUGGCAUAAACUCACAAAUGU